AUGGGCUCAGACAGCGAACUCAAUUCUCACUUGGUUGAGAAGUUGAAGCAGACGACUCUUGCUUCACGCACUGCUGCAUACGUGAGCAAAGACAUUGGCAAUUAUUAUACCCAUAAUAUCACACAAGAUCCAGAUUACUUAGCCGCGAAUCCAUGGCUUUCGAAACCAGAGAUUCCUUCCUCCGAUGAGAUCCUUGAGCUCUCAGAAACGGACGAGGAUUUCGUGGACCUUGCGCCAAAUCAGAUCGAAGGGCCUUGGGGAUCAAAAGAACAGUAUCUAAAGGCUCAUUAUGAGCUUCUUCGAGAAGAAGCAGUUGCUCCCCUGCGAGACGCUGUGGCGAUCUUCCGAAAUGAUCCCGAUAUGGAUGACAACAAAGGCCUCUCUGUGUAUGAAAAGGUUUAUGUUAUAGGCUUGACUUUUGCUCGGCGGGGGUUAGGUUUCAAAGUCCAAUUUUCUACGAAUAGGGCACGCAGGAACAUCGCUUGGGAGUACUCGAAACGUUUGGUCAGUGGCUCGAUCGUUGCACUAUCUCCAAUUGAUGAUGCCUUCCAAACAAAGUGUGUUAUUGCAAUUGUCGCAGCUAGACCUUUGGACGGCGUGAAGUUAUGCCCACCCGAGGUUGAUCUGUUCUUCGCAGACCCGGCAGAUGCGGACUUUGACCCUCAACUGGAGUGGAUUAUGAUAGAGGCAAAGCAGGGGUAUUAUGAGGCGUCCAGACACACCAUGACGGCUCUCCAGAAGUUAAGUCGAGAAAAUUUCCCGCUUUCAGAGCAUAUCUGUUUCCUAAACCCCGAGACCGCUGCACCCCAAUACGUGAAAGACAAGCCUGUUGUUGAGAUAAACUCAAUCAUCAACAAUCCAGACCAGGAGGGAAAGGUUGCCAUCCUAGAAAACUGGCCUCAAUCACCACCAGGGGACCUCGAUGCAACACAAUGGAGAGCCUUGGAGCAGAUGCUCACAAAGCAGCUAGCUAUUAUUCAGGGCCCUCCAGGGACUGGAAAGACUUAUGUCUCCGUUAUUGCUUUGCGCAUAAUGCUUGCCAACAUGAAAUCAGACGAUCCACCUAUCAUCAUUGCCUCCCAAACGAAUCAUGCUUUAGAUCAAAUUUUGACACUCGUUUCUCGCUGCGAAAGACAGUAUGUCCGCCUGGGUGGCAGGAGCAGCGACCCAGAGAUCAAGAAGCGCAUGCUAUUCGCCGUUCGACGUGACGAACCUACACCAAAUAUUGGUAGUGGGACCCUCGGGAACACCCAUAAGAACAGCAAAAGAUUGUUCAAUGCCAUCUCGGAAAUUUUGCAGCCGUUCAAUGUUGCAAGUUCUGACCUACCUCUUCCAUCCACGGUAUUCCAACAGUAUGGUCUUUUGACAGAGAAGCAAUGUGACUCCCUCAAGAAAGGCGCCAAACGCUGGGUGAGCGCUGGCGAAGAGAAUGAUGAUGUUGACCCGUUGGUGACAUGGCUCGGGGAUCAGGUAGUCGAAUUUGAAGUAAAGUACAUAUUGGAGAACUUUGGCUUUGCUGCGGAUGAAGUGGAUCUCGAGUAUGAGCAACUGAAGGAGCUCGAGGCAGAGCAGGGCAUCAAUGAUGAUGAGGAGUUCGAAACCCUCAGAGGCUCAUUCACACAGCUUCGAGAAGGGUUUUAUGGGAAGUGUAACUCACAAUCCGGUGGGACAGGUCGUUGUAAAUACAUCGACUACGACGAUAUGUGGAGAAUCCCCGUGAAAGAGCGUGGAUGUGUCUAUAACGAGCUUCGAAACCGGCUGAAAAGAAAGGUCCUGCCCAGAUUUCGCCAACUUUUGGCCGACUAUACGGAAAAUUCCAAGAACAUGCAGAUUGGCGGAUGGGAAAGGGACCAUCUCGUUCUCCAAAACGUCAAAGUCCUGGGUAUGACUACAACGGGGUUAAGCAAAUAUCGCGCACUUGUUUCAAGUUUGAAACCACGAAUUGUCCUGAUUGAAGAAGCGGCAGAGGCAAUUGAAGGUCCCAUAGCCGCGGCAUGUUUAGAUUCGCUCCAGCAACUGAUUCUCGUGGGCGACCACCAACAGCUUCGUGGGCAUUGUUCGGUCCAGGACCUGGAAGGAGAUCCUUUCUACCUUGAUGUGUCGAUGUUCGAGCGUCUCGUCAAGAACGGGAUGAAAUAUGUUACUCUUCGACACCAGCGAAGAAUGGCACCUGAAAUCCGUCAAUUGUUGACACCUAUAUACGGGCCACUGCAAGAUCAUCAGUCAGUAACCAAGUAUGAAGAGGUGCCAGGAAUGGGGAACAUCCGCUCAUAUCUUUUCUCACACGACUGGCCUGAGAGCUUCGACGACAUGGCAUCAAAGUACAACGAGAAGGAGGCCCAGAUGGUGGUGGAGUUCUUCGUCUAUCUAGUCCUGAACGACAUUCCGGUAAAAAACAUAACGGUACUCACAUUCUACAAUGGACAGCGAAAGAAGAUCUUGAAGUUAAUGAAAACCCAUUCAUAUCUUCAAGGACAAUACAUUAACGUGGUCACUGUCGAUUCCUACCAGGGAGAGGAAAACGAAGUUGUGAUCCUUUCUCUUGUUAGGAACGGAAGACAGGGCAUUGGGUUCUUGUCAAAUGUGAAUCGAGUCUGUGUCGCGCUUUCUCGAGCGCGCAGAGGUUUUUACAUGUUUGGCAAUGCUGGUAUGCUCGCCACCGAUAAACUAUGGGACCAAGUCCAAUCGAUACUACGCAGUAGGAGCCCGGAGCCACAAAUUAGCCAUAGACUCCCGUUGACAUGCGUAAAGCACAAAAACAGGACAUAUGUACAAGAUCCGGCCGACUGGGGCAGGACAAACGGUGGGUGCGGACUCGCAUGCGGGGAGACGUUGGACUGCGGUCACAGAUGCAGUAUGCGAUGUCAUAGUUUUUCACAUGACAAAAUCCAAUGCAACGAACCCUGCAACCGACGAAAGGCAUGCAAGCACAUUUGCAGGGUGCCUUGCGCAACCGCCCACACGUGUUCCUGUGACUGUGAAGAAAGCAAGCGUCUCAAAGCCCUUGAGCAGAACCAGGUCGCCGGAGGUGGAGGUGGUUGGGUUGUGGCCGGGAUCGAAGACAGGCGAGUUAGUGAGCAACAGGCGGCCAUUGAGGGCUACCAAGCAUAUGCAAAAGGUGGUGCAAAAGAGCACGAUGCUAUUCUAAAUCAGAUGGCGGAGCUCGAGCAGCAAAGCCUUUCGACAAGCUUGGAAUUGCAUGCUGAGGAAGAUCUCAUUCCUGGUACUUCUUGGAACACGCCUAGUCCUGGUGCACAAGAUGGUAGCAAGCAAGCGAAGCCCAAGGCGCAGCCGGAAAUCAACCUUUUAGAUGAUUGGUAG